AUGGGGGAUCCUGCAGGGAUGGCGUCAAUCAGUAGAAACAUACCCCUCACUACAACUCCAACAACCACUACACUAACUUUUGACUGGCCGGCACAGCCUGGAGUCACUCUAUAUGGGAUAUCUCUCCAAAGUAUCGACGGAAGCUCCACGCCACCUGCCCAAACACUGCCAGGGUCUCAGACGUCUGCAACAUUCACGGGACUUGAACCGGGGAAAACCUACAGAGUAACUCUGGAAACUACUGCAGAUGGGGUUGACUACCCACUCAGUGAAGAUUUUGGAACAACAAUCCUUCCUCCAUGUAACAUUUCACCUUGCUUCAAUGGUGGAACAUGUCAGGAUCAACCUACAGCUGCUCGUGGUUUUAUUUGCCAGUGUACAAGUGCAUUCACAGGGGAUUUCUGUGAACAGGAUGUCAACGAGUGUAACCAAAACCCAUGUGUGAACGGCCAAUGCAUCAAUACAUUUGGCUCUUACAUCUGUAUUUGUGAGUUGGGCUUCCAAGGCACAAACUGUGAAGAGAAUAUCAACGAGUGUCUGAGCAACCCUUGUCGAAAUGGAGGAACGUGUGAAGAUCUGGCCAAUCGAUUUGUAUGUGAAUGUGCUCUUGGAUUUACCGGUACCAACUGUGAAACCCAGGUGGAUGUUUGCGACAGUGGACCUUGCCUCAACGGUGCCACGUGUCUAAAUGCAGUUACUAUAUUCAUAUGCCAAUGUGCACCCGGAUUCCAAGGCACGCGAUGUGAAACAAAUAUUAACGAAUGCUCCAGUCAGCCAUGCUUAAAUGGAGGGACUUGUUUGGACGAUACGAAUAGAUACACCUGCAUGUGUCUACCAGGCUUUGAGGGAACCAGCUGUGAAAGAAGAACUGAUACUUGCAUUAGUAACCCUUGCCAGAAUGGAGGAACAUGUAUCAAUAGUGUUGGACUUUACAUUUGUCAGUGUGUUCCAGGCUUCCAAGGCACCAACUGUGAAACACAAAACAACGAAUGUGCUAGCAGUCCUUGCCUGAAUGGAGGGGCCUGCACGGACGCAGUGAACAGAUUCGUCUGCACAUGUCCCAGUCAAUACAACGGCUUGCGAUGUGAAACAGAGGUCGAUUCUUGCAUAUUAAGCAGUACAAGCUGUUUAAAUGGAGCAACUUGUAUCAAUACUCAGGAUGGAUUCUUUUGCCUCUGUCUUCCCGGCUAUACUGGAACUCAGUGUGAAAACAAUAUCAAUGAGUGUGGUAGUAAUCCCUGUCUGAACGGAGGCACUUGCUUCGAUCAGGUCAAUCAAUUCCUGUGUCAAUGCCAACCUGGAUUUGCUGGAACAAGAUGUCAAACCAAUAUCAACGAAUGUUCGUCAAAUCCCUGUUUCAAUAGUGGAGCAUGCGUGGACGAAAAUUCUGCUUACAGGUGUAUUUGCAGCACAGGUUUUUCUGGGAUUCGAUGUGAACAAAAUACCAAUGAAUGUCUCAGUGCACCAUGUCAGAACAGUGGUACAUGUAUUGAUAGUGUCAAUACAUAUAUGUGCAUAUGUCCCCAAGGCUUUGGUGGAGUAAAUUGCGAAAACAAUUUAAAUGAAUGCCUCAUCAAUCCUUGUUUCAAUGGAGGAACUUGUCAAGACCUUCUGGCUGGAUACAACUGUCUCUGCCCCCCUGGAUUCGAAGGAAUAAACUGUCAACUAAAUACCUUUGAGUGUAACAGUAACCCUUGUCUUAAUGGGGCUACAUGUAUAGAUGGUGUCAAUCGUUUUACGUGUAACUGCGCAUCUGGAUUCCAAGGUGCUACAUGUGCAGAAACCAUUGAUUUCUGUGCGAAUAGGCCAUGUUCCGGAACGGCAACUUGUAUCAAUACCGAGGGAACAUUUAGAUGCCUGUGCCCUCUUGGCUUUUCUGGAGUCCUGUGUGGGACUAACAACAACGAAUGCAGUCCCAAUCUUUGCGUGAAUGGAGGAACUUGUGUAGAUGGAAUCAACUCGUUCAUCUGCAACUGUCUUCCAGGAUAUAACGGACAGAAUUGUCAAAAUACACGUGUGAUCCAGAUGUCGGAGACGAGUACCACGCCGAGGACGCUACGUGUCGAAUUCGACCCCGUCGACAACGAACCUGCUGCUGUGUAUGAUGUCAUCAUCACAGCACCAGACGGGACCAUCGUUGCCAUGCGGUCUUUCACUGAGGCCGAUGUGCAGAAUGGACGGGUAAGGGCAGACAUCGGGGGACUAGACCCAGACCUCACCUACACGAUAGAUUUACGAGUUACAACACCGGAAGGGACUUUCCCUCUUGAUACGAUGAUGCGUAGUCCACCAGCUCGUUCAAUCCCGAUCACUGUCAACCCACAAAGUCCCACUACCUUGCUCGUUAACUACAUCCAGCCCACUGGGACGUACACCUCAUAUGAUGUGACGUUGCUAGAUAUUGUGGGACAGCCUGUCCAAUCUGGUACCAUAGGCCCGAACCAGGUCCAGCCAGACGGCACCUAUCGUUACAUAUUUAAUGGUGUCCAGCCCAACACCAACUACCAAGUGGUAGUGACUGGCCAGACUCCUGAGGGACCAUUGGAUCUAGGUCGUACCAACACUCAGACGCCAAAUGUCUGUGACAUUUCUCCCUGUCUCAAUGGAGGAUCGUGUCUGAACAACCCGAAUUUAGCAUCUGGUUACGUUUGUAGCUGCGUACCAGGCUACACCGGACAGAAUUGUCAAACAGAUACCAAUGAAUGCAUCAGUGGCCCAUGUGGCAAUGGAGGGACAUGCCAACAGCCUUUCAUCAACAUGUUCCGAUGUGCCUGCACCCCACAAUUCACUGGACUGACCUGUCAGAUUCCUGUAAAUGUUGUCGUACGAACUGGCACUGUCACCCCGUCUUCGGCAACCAUCAUAUUCAAUGCCGUCCCGGGAGAGAAUGUACAACAGUACACUCUGGAAGUCAAUGAUCAGCAGGGUAAUCCCGUCCAGAAUGUCCCGGUAAAUCCUAACCAGGCUACCAACGGACAGUUCAAUAUACCGGUCAAUAACCUACAGCCGGGCACCGGGUACAUCGUAUUUGUACAAGGCGCCAUUGGUGGACAGACAUUCCAACUUGGUUCCACAACGGUUAACACACCAUCUUUGUGUACCCCAACUACAUGUUUGAAUGGUGGAACGUGUACUGAUGCUGGUACAUCAUUUUUCUGUAUUUGCCUUCCCGGCUUUGAUCGAAAUACGAAUUGCCAAGAUAUUAACGAAUGUUUGAGCAAUCCUUGCCAAGCCGGAGGAACAUGUAACAACGGACCAAACCGAUACGAUUGUGCAUGUCCUGUAGGUCGAUCUGGAGUGAACUGUCAAUUGACCCAAUGCGACUUGUUCACCAAUAUAUGCCAAAAUGGAGGGACAUGUGCACCAAGCACACAGCAGCCGGGUUUUAGAUGCUUGUGUCGAAGUGGGUUCACUGGAGACUUUUGUGAAACUCAAACACCAAGUUGCAGCCCUAGCCCUUGCCAGAACGGAGGUACCUGUAUUGUCGGUAGUGUAACUGUGACCUGUAAUUGUGUUCCAGGCUACGCUGGGGCUUUAUGCCAGACAAACAUCAAUGAAUGUCAGAGCUUUCCAUGCAGGAAUGGAGGAAACUGUGUUGAUCGCGUCAACAGUUACAUUUGCAAUUGUCCCUCUGGUUUUACGGGCAUCGGCUGUGACACAAAUAUAAACGAGUGCUUUAGCAGUCCUUGUCAGAAUGGUGGUACCUGCUUGGAUGGUGUCAACCGCUUUGAUUGCAUGUGUCUUCCAAAUACAGAAGGAACUUUCUGCGAUAGAGUAACAACGGCAUGCUCGUCACAACCGUGCCUGAAUGGGGCCACGUGUCAGAACACGUUGAAUGGUUAUUUCUGCUUCUGUCUAACCGGCUUUAUUGGUACCCGAUGUGAAACCGCGAACAGUCCUUGCAAUCCAUCACCGUGCCAGAACGGCGGAGCUUGCAUAACUACAGGAUCAAGCUUCUCCUGCCAGUGUCUUUCUACUUUCACCGGGACUCUCUGUCAACAAGCGGUCCAGCCAACAUGUGGUUUGAUCUGCGAGAACGGUGGCACCUGUCUCAGUAUGCCGGGAAUUCUGGUCUGUCUUUGCACCGAUAAUUGGAUUGGAAAUCUCUGCUCCAUCCCAAGAGUAAUUGCAGCUGGACCGGGUGAAGUAACCUCAAGUUCUAUCCAGGUCAUGUUCGACUCUUUAGGACCAAACACCGAAGCCAUCUCCCAUCGUCUUCUCCUACUCGAUGGAACCAAUGUCAUCCAGUCGACCACCUUGCCGGUCUCCUCACCUCGUGGUACCUCGUUGAACUAUGUCUUCACCAAUGUUAAUCCAGAAACGAUGUACACCAUCAUCAUCGCCGCAGACACGGCGCAGGACAGUUUUGAGUUGGUUCGUGUUCCUGUAACUACAGACGUUGCAAACGGGUGUAAUAGGCAGCCAUGCUUAAACCAGGGGACCUGCUCACCAAACUUGGCUUCAGCAGUUGGAUAUACGUGCUUUUGUGCACCUGGAUUUACUGGAACUACAUGUUCAACAAAUAUCAAUGAGUGUGCUUCCGGUCCAUGUCUAAAUGGCGCAUCCUGCAUAGAUGCCGUCAACGGAUUCUCAUGUCUGUGUCUACCAGGAUUUAAUGGUGUUCGCUGUGCAUCCGUUACCGACGUUUGUUCAAGUAACCCGUGCCUCAAUGGCGGAUUUUGCAUAAACCAGGUCAAUAGCUUCGCCUGUAAUUGUCAACCAGGAUAUAGUGGUGUGCGUUGUAGCGUGUUUAAUCCGCCAUGUUCCGCGAACCCAUGCCUAAAUGGUGGAACGUGCAAUAAUAACCAGAACAAUGACAACUACGUCUGCAUUUGCCCGCAAAACUUCAACGGUGUCAACUGCCAGAACCCAGCUGAUGGAGUGGAGUGCGCCAGUAACCCAUGCAGGAAUGGAGGCACCUGUAACGAAGGAUUCCGCAGCUUUACAUGUACCUGCCCCUCCACCUGGACGGGGACGCUUUGUUCUGUAGAUGUCAAUGAAUGCCUGACCCAAUCAUGUCUCAAUGGUGGUACAUGCACGAACCUCCAAGGAUCAUAUCGCUGUAAUUGUCCACUGGGAUUCGGCGGAGUGCGAUGCGAAGUAAAUAUCAAUGAUUGUGCCUCAAACCCUUGUCUCAGUGGAGGAACUUGCACCGAUGGAAUCAAUUUCUACACCUGUGCAUGCCUGCAAGGCUCCACGGGACAACGCUGUGAGAAUACUGUGAAUCCUUGUUCCAGUGCACCUUGCUUUAAUGGAGGCACAUGCACCAACAAUAAUGGCUUCUUUAUCUGUAAUUGUGUAUCUGGCUUCAGUGGUGUCCGGUGUCAGACGAACACCGACAACUGUCUGCUGAACCCUUGUCAGAAUGGUGGCACAUGCGUCGAUGGGUUAAACACAUUCACAUGUCAGUGUCGUACAGGCUUUUCUGGAAAUCUUUGCCAGAAUUCCAAUUUCUGUGCCAACAACCCAUGCUUCAACGGCGCAACCUGCCAAACGUUACCAACAACAUACCAGUGUCUAUGCAGAGCUGGAUUUACGGGACUACAGUGUCAAACUAAUAUCCAGGAAUGUUCGAGUGGUCCAUGCCAAAACCAAGGAACGUGUAUAGAUGGGAUGAAUUCCUUCACCUGUAACUGUCCUCCCGGUUUCACGGGGACGUUCUGCCAGGUUUCUUCAUCCGCAUGUCAGAGCAAUCCUUGCCAGAAUGGCUUUUGCAGUACUCUAGCACAAGGGUUCUCUUGCCAGUGCCAACAAGGCUUUACCGGGACUUUCUGCCAGACCAACAUCAAUGAAUGCCAGAGCUCGCCAUGUUUGAAUGGAGGUGCAUGUCUGGACGGUUUGGCACGGUAUACAUGUCAAUGUCCCUUGGGUUUCACAGGAACACGCUGUGAAGUCAAUGGUAAUGAAUGCGUUUCGCAGCCUUGCUUGAAUGGUGGUACCUGUAGGGACGGCGUGAAUUCAUAUACCUGCAUUUGUCCUCAAGGUUUCACUGGAGACAAUUGCUUCAUAAGUACCAAUCUUUGCUCACCAUCACCUUGCGUGAAUGGAGACUGCAUCGGUGGAGUGGGUACAUUCACAUGUCGCUGUUUUGCGGGGUAUUCAGGAACCCGCUGUGAGAUCAACAACAAUGAGUGUUUAGUCAACCCGUGCCAGAAUGGAGGGACAUGCUUUGACGGUAUAAACAGCUUCACCUGCAACUGUCUGCCAGGAUUCAGUGGAGCUAUGUGUCAGACUAUUCAAGAUACUGAUCAGUGCCUUUCAAAUCCGUGUCUGAAUGCUGGAUUCUGCAUUGAUGGAACCAACAGAUACACCUGUAUGUGCCAACAAGGAUAUUCAGGGACCCGCUGUGAAGUCAAUACUAAUGAAUGCUUCAGUAACCCAUGUUUGAACCAAGGACAGUGUCUCGACCAAGUCAACGCUUUUAUAUGCAAUUGUCCUGCAACCUUCGUCGGAACUCGAUGUGAAACUCCACUUGUGCCAGAUGCAUGUAGCUCCAACCCAUGCCAGAAUGCGGGAACUUGCACGAGUAAUAAUGGUGGAUUCCUUUGCAUCUGCCAACCGGGAUUCCAGGGCACUACGUGUCAAACGAACCUCAUUGAAUGUGCUUCGAACCCAUGCCGGAAUGGAGGCACCUGUAUCGAUGGAGUAAAUAGAUUCACGUGCAGGUGUACCCAAUUAUUCACUGGACAGACAUGCACAUUUGCUAUUGCCAAUCCCUGCACAUCUAAUCCGUGUUUGAAUGGAGGCACAUGUGGUAUCGAUCCGACAAAUUCCAACGCUUUCCUGUGUUCGUGCCUGUUUGGAUUUAACGGAAUUCGAUGUGAAUUUGAUUCCAACCAGUGUUUGUCAAACCCGUGUGUCAAUGGUGGUGAAUGUAUUGAUGGACAAAAUCGAUUUGCCUGCAAUUGUGCUUCCGGGUUUAGUGGUGCUACUUGCCAAAUCAACAACAAUGAAUGUGCAAGCAACCCUUGUCUUAAUGGAGCUGUAUGUAACGAUUUAGCCAAUCGCUUUUCGUGUACUUGUCAACCCAACUACAAUGGCGUACGAUGUGAAAAUCUUAUACAAGUACCGAAUCCAUGUGUGUCAUUGCCUUGUCAGAAUGGAGGAACGUGUGUCAGGACUGGUGACUCUAGCUAUGUGUGUAGUUGUCUCGCUGAAUUUACUGGUACACAAUGCAUCUUUUCAAUGGAUCCAACAACUUGUGCCAACUUGCCUUGUACAAACGGAGGUACUUGUGUUCCAACCCAGAAUGGAAGGAGCUACUUUUGUAGCUGCUUUGCUGGAACAUCAGGAACAAAUUGUGAAAUUGGACAGACGGCAUGCCACCCUCAACCGUGUCAAAAUGGUGGCACCUGUGUGUCAAUGACCAGUGCGCCAAAUGGCUUCUUGUGUAUCUGCCCACCAGGUUUAGGAUUGACUGGACUUACAUGUGUUGGUGGGGGUGCAAACCCAUGUACAUCUAACCCAUGUUUAAACGGAGGUACAUGCGUGACAGUGUUUACUACAUCAGGUACCAUCAGUGGCUAUAACUGCAAUUGUGGAACAGGAUAUACUGGACUACGGUGUCAAACAUUGACUACCACUCCAGUGUCACCAUGUGCUAAUAACCCAUGUCAGAAUGGAGGAACGUGUAUCAACUCAGGAACAUCUUUCUUCUGUUCUUGCCAGAUUGGAUUUACCGGCACAACAUGCCUAACAUCUGUUCCCUGCAACUCCAACCCUUGUCUAAAUGGGGGCUCUUGCCAGCCUUUCACCAACGUCUUUGUUUGUAACUGUGUACCUGGAUAUUCCGGAACAAGAUGCGAGAUUACAUCUUUACCAUGUCAAUCUAACCCCUGCCAAAACGGAGGGACAUGCAAUGUUGAAGGUAACAUCUUCAGAUGUAACUGCAUAGAUGGCUUUACCGGACUGCUAUGUCAGACAGCGCCAUCAUCUUGUUUCUCCAAUCCGUGUCUGUUUGGUGGAAGCUGUUCCAACACUGGCAGCGCAUUCUUCUGUGCGUGUGUAGCUGGUUACACGGGCAAUAGAUGUCAGGUUCCACCAUCUUCAUGUUCAUCUAAUCCAUGUGUAAAUGGUGGAGUGUGCAGCCAGUCAGGCGGGACUUUCGCUUGCUCAUGCCCGGCACUAUUUACUGGUAGUAGAUGUGAGAUUUUUGCCACGAAUGCAAACCCGUGCCAGUCGAAUCCAUGCUUGAACGGAGGUACUUGUUUCCAACAAGCCAACAACGUCUACCAAUGUGUCUGCGCUCCCGGCUUCGGAGGUGUCAGAUGCACCACAGUGGUUUUAACUCCGUGUCAACCUACAAACCCCUGUCUCAAUGGAGGAUCUUGCACUAGCAUCGGCACCUUGUUUUCUUGCACCUGUCUGCCUGGAUACACCGGGUCUACUUGCCAGUCCCAGACUGCAACAGGAUGUCCUUUCGCCUGUGCAAAUGGAGGAGUGUGUGUUUUGGACGCUCUUCAUCGUGUCAACGUAUGCCAAUGCCCGCAGGAAUACAAUGGAAAUCAAUGCCUCUCAAGAACAACAUGUUCCAGGAACUACACUAUAGGUCAAGGACAGCAGGUGGCGAUCACCAGCCCUAAUUACCCCAGCUCUUAUCCUAACUCCGUUCGCUGUGAGAUCUACUUUCAGGCUUCAGACCCAAACAGACGCUUACGUGUGACCGUCAGUGAGUUUGAUACUGAAUGUGAGCAUGACUACGUCACGGCUGGAUCUGGUACAGACCUGAACGUCCAGAGUUCCACCAUAAUGCGACUGUCUGGCGAUGAGCAGGUACCACCUUUCGUCAUAGAUAGUAACCAGGGUUGGCUCCUCUUUGAAAGUGAUCUCUGGAUUACCAAUCCAGGAUUCGCACUCACAGUCCAAGAUGUGGAUGCUGCAGAGUUCAUGGCUAAUUGUCCGGCCAACUUCUGCCAGAAUGGAGGUACAUGUGUAGUAGAGGUGGAACAACCUCAGGUCCUUGGGUGCCUCUGUUUGGAAGGUUACAGUGGUGACAACUGCAUGGAUGAUGUGAAUGAGUGUUUGAGCAACCCAUGUGAGAAUGGAGCAACUUGCAACAAUCUCUUCAACUCCUAUUCAUGUGCAUGCUCUCCGGGCACAUCCGGGACACGGUGUCAAAUAACAUCCACUCAGUGUACUACCCUCCAGUGCUUGAACGGUGGAACCUGUGUGACGUCACAGUUUGGCCUGGCAAGCUGCAACUGUGUCGCAGGCUAUACUGGAAACCUUUGUCAAGAAAACAUAAAUGAGUGUGGAAGCAACCCUUGUCUCAACAAUGGCGUGUGCACAGACCAAGUCAAUUCAUUCUUCUGUAGCUGUCGCGAUCCAUACAUUGGUGUUCUCUGCGAUACAAACAGUGCCAAUGUUGCUCGCUCGUCGGCCCGAGACGGCAACAAUCUGAGCUUACCCGAACUGGCAGCAGUAACAAACCUAUCAGCAUCAUGGAUAGCCGUCAUCAUUGUCCUCUUCGUCAUCAUCAUCGUCAUGGGAAUGUACAUCGGUUAUAGAUACUACGCAGGAAGGAGGCAACGACUCGAAGAUGGUGAGCAUCUUCUGGAGGAGUACUCGAACAGAGCCCUGGAUCCAGUCCCUGCCAGUGAGAUGGGAGCUUACGAGCUUGUGCACUUACCAGGAGGCGCAAGGUCUGGGAGUGUGUCGGCGAUGAAUGCGAACCAAUCGCCAUGGCCACAGAGCGCAGCCAACAUAUAAUCAUUGACUAGCAUAUAAUCAUUGACUCACAUCAUCAACUGAAUAAUCUGUACCACAAUGAACUAUUUUGUUCAAAAAUAAGUUAUAAUAUUCAAAGUUAUGAUAUAUUUUGAUAUGGGCUGAUAUAUGUAAAUGAUUAUGGAUAAUGUUAUUAUACUCAGUUGAUGCUUCUAUUCAUUAAAUUACCAUUAUUGUCUGUUAUGUUCUAAUGUCAGUACCGGUAGUAAGAAUUAUAGUCCUAUUAAUCGAGAAUCAAGUAUUUACCUAUUUGGGGAAAGUGACUUAGCGAUAGGUGAUUCCUGUUUGUUGCCAUUCAGUUUUUCAUAUACUAUAUAUUCUUUCGUAAAACAUUCUGUAAUAGAAGAUAGAACAACAUAUAUUCAACUGAAGACGUUUAAUUUAUCAUGAUUUUCCAUUAGAUUAGCAUAUAUAGAAAAUCGUGAUUACAUUUUCUUGUAAAAAAACUAUAAUAUCACAGCAGUUGACUUAUCGUAAUAUAUAAAAAAUAGGAGACAAAUAUUUGAAUAUUAUUCUGUAGAUAAAGCAUUACAGAGAAUAAUGUUCUCAGAGAGUAGCGGUAAAAUGUUUGUAAUAUUUAUCUCCUCCCAUGUGCAAUAUAUAGCCAUUUCUGAAUAUUUUUAAGUAAGAAGACUUUUAUAAUAAUGAAAAAUAUAAUAACCUUAUAUAUCUUAUAUGUCUUAACCAGUUAAAAUUAGCAUUAACCUGAAUAAUAUUCAAGGUUGUAUUGAAAUAGGAACUACAAAUAUGCGAUGCGUCUGCCUUUCAAAGAUAUAUGAAACUUAAAAGUCCAUCCAGUGUUAGGAGCGGCUAAUUAGUUAAUGUAGACUUGUAAAUAAUAUGAUUUCAUUUGUGGGAUUUUCGCAGCCAGAAGUAAGGGGUUGGUUCACUUUAUUUUCACUUAUCCAAUUCAUACAUGUAUGAUGUGAACCGUAUAUGAAAAUAAUGUUACCAAAAAUACAUCCAUAAGAUAAUUAGAAUGAUAGAAAUAAGCUGAUGUUAACGUAUUUAAGGAACAAAGGCAGAUGUGGAGUGGGUAUUAAGUUAUAGAAACAAUUAUUUGUCGUGGACUACCCCAAAAAGAGAAAUAUAUAUAAACAAAACCUAACAAUUCAGACAGUCCAGCUGUGUACGGGAAUUACCUUUUGGUAAUUUGACUGGGCACCAUUUCUUUAAACUUUAUAUGCCGGUUUUACUCAGUUACUACAUAUACUUUACGGCUUUUUGCCAAUUUAAAGGAAUGAACAACUUACUUUCAAUUCCCAAUUAAUAUAAUAUGAAAUGCAUUAAGAGCAGGCUCUAUUUUGCACGUUUAAAUCGCAAAUGUAGCGAUUCAGCAUAUUCUAAAAGGCUAUUUCAUAUUUUUGUAAUACAUUUAAACACUGACCUUUAGCAGUCAUCAAUUUCAGUCUGUAUGCUCCACAAGUGUCUGGAGAUGUCAGAGAAUCUAAACAAAUGGACCAUUUAUUGACGAAAGGCAGGUUGUAUGUUUAUUGUUGUUUGUCAGUUUUAUGAAUUCAAAGUACUAUUAUAAUGUUAUGAUGUCAGCAAUAACUUAUAUUUUAGGAAUAGUGGUGGGUUACUACUUUAUUAAAAAUACAAAGGCAUGCCAA